AAUAUGCGUUCUUAAGCGAUGUAUAUAUAUAUAUAUAUAUAUAUAUAUAUAUAUAUGCACACUGCUUUACUUUAAACUUUUCCACGGUUGAACGGUUGAGUGACGUCACUCAACCAUUCAACCCUGUUAUUAAUGUAAUUAAAUAAUCGUUCGCGUAGUUGUGAUUUGUUUGUACUGUUUUAAUUUUAAACAUAGGCAAAAAUCUUUGGCCGAUGCUUUAAUGUCUGUAAGCGCUGAAUUUUAAGAUGUAGUAACAACAUAAUCGUACAUGAGUCGCUGAAGCUGAGGACAAGCCGCUGACAUAAUGCCGUCAGUAGGCUAUUUAGUCAUUUAGUGUCUAUCAGCCGCACUUACCAGAUGUGAGCGUUUACCCUAGUGCUGAAGAGAGACAAAGGCAGCGAAACAGGAACUGCACUUUGAUAUUAUUUUGCAGCUGGACAAUUGGAAAAAGUCAAAGACAAAAAACUGGGCUUAUAUGACGUUGCCGUGCUGAUCUUUUACGGACUUUUUUGAGCUUUUGGGAUAACAUGGAUGAUGGUGAAAACGAAGUGGCAUCACUUAAACACAGAUUCAGGGAUUUAUUGCUUCGAGAGCAGACACGGCAAAACGAUGCCAAGGUGCAGGUUGACUUCUUCAUUGAGAAUAGUUUCAAAGAACGCCUCCAGUUUUUCUUCAUCAAAAACCAACGAUCGAGUCUCAGGGUGCGAGUGUUUUAUCUUUCGCUCAAGGUGUUAAGCUGCAUUUUGUAUAUAUCAAGAGUGCUGCUUGACUCGGGAAAACAUCAACACACAUGCUUGGGCUGCCCAUACAAAAAUUAUACCCUGUUUGAAAUCAACUGGUCCCCAAUUAUUUGGGUUGAACGACCUCACAUGCUUUGGGCUGUACAGGUGUCUGUUGCAGUCAUAUGUUUAUUCAUAAGAAUCCUGCUGACAUAUCUACGAUACAAGGGAAACAUAUUGCAGCAGGUACUUCAAAUAGCGUUUAUGUUGGAAAUGAUUGACACAGUGCCUUUUGUCAUUGGAAUUUUUUAUACUCCUCUACGGAACCUCUUCAUCCCUGUGUUUCUGAACUGCUGGCUGGCAAAACGUGCUUUGGAAAGCAUGGUUAAUGAUCUUCAUCGUGCAAUUCACCGGACACAGUCGGCCAUGUUCAAUCAGGUCCUCAUCCUCAUCUCCACCAUUGUCUGCCUCAUUUUUACUUUCAUUUGUGGAGUUGAGCAUUUGCAGCGUGCUGGAAACGAACUCUCAGUUUUUGAAUCUUUCUACUUCUGCAUCGUGACCUUCUCUACAGUGGGGUUUGGAGAUGUUGUUCCCAAUAUCUGGCCCUCCAAGUUACUGGUGGUUAUUAUGAUAUUUGUCGCUUUAAUGGUCCUACCUAUCCAGUUUGAGGAGCUGGCCUACUUGUGGAUGGAGCGGCAGAAGUCAGGAGGAGAUUACAGCAGACAGAGAGCAGAAACCGAGAAACAUGUGGUGCUGUGCGUCAGUUCAAUCAAAAUCGACCUGCUGAUGGAUUUCCUAAAUGAGUUUUAUGCCCACCCCAAACUUCAGGAGCACUAUGUCAUCAUCCUUUGCCCAACAGAGCUGGAUGCGGCAGUAAGACGGGUACUGCGGAUCCCAAUGUGGUCACAUAGAGUCAUAUAUCUGCAAGGCUCUGCUCUCAAAGAACAAGAUUUGGUCAGAGCAAAGCUGAAUAAGGCUGAGGCUUGUUUCAUUCUGACCUGUCGCUGUGAGGCUGACCGUAAUGCAGCAGAUUAUCAGACCAUCCUGAGGGCUUGGGCAGUGAAGGACUUUGCUCCAGGCUGUACUCUUUUUGUUCAGAUUCUCAAACCAGAAAACAAAUUUCAUGUGAAAUUUGCAGAUCAUAUUGUUUGUGAGGAAGAGUUUAAACAUGCCAUGCUGGCCCUGAACUGCAUCUGUCCUGCCACGUCCACCUUCAUCACCCUGCUGGUGCACACCUCACAAGGCCUAGAAGGUCAACACUCUCCUGAGGACUGGCACAGAAUUUAUGGAAAAUGUUCAGGAAAUGAAGUGUACAGCAUUGUUCUGAAAGAAAGCGUCUUCUUUUCUGAGUAUGAGGGAAAGAGCUUCCCUUUUGCCUCCUUUAAUGCAUAUAAUAAGUAUGGCAUCUGUCUAAUUGGAGUGCACCCUGAGGACUCUAAGAGUAUCCUGCUGAACCCUGGUCCUCAUCACAUCAUGAAACCCUUGGACAUGUGCUUUUAUAUCAGUCUCACCAAGGAGGAGGACUCCUGCUUUAAGACCCUGGCAGCAUGUAAAAACAGCCCCAAGACUCAACUCCCAACAAGCAGCGCUAUUACUAGCAUGGGUACCAUGGUCAUAGAUGUGCAGGAAACAAACAUUCCAUCCAGUUUAGAACCAUCUCUCUCAAAUGAAACAAAUAUAUCUGAGACCAGAAGAGCAAACAUUCCUGUUAUAGAAGUGCCUGAUUCACCUUCCUUUCAGACUGGCAAUCUGCUCAGCGAUCAGUCAAAGAGUCCAUGUCAGCCUUUCAGUGGAGAUGAAUGCAGCAAUGGUUACGUUAAGGGAUAUCCCCCAAAUUUACCCUACAUCGGAAGCUCACUGAUACUUUGCCACUUACGGAAAGAGAAAACGCCCAAAUGUUGUAUGCAGCUGGAAAAGUUUUUAUCUAAGACCUGCAACCACAAAGACGAUGAAGAUGUCAAAGCGUACAAGUUGAAGAAUAAACUCAUCAUUGUGUCUGCUGAGACAGCAGGAAAUAGCCUGUACAACUUCAUCCUCCCAUUACGAGCCUCAUACAGACCGCAGAAUGAACUGUGGCCCAUCGUACUGCUCUUGGAAAAGAAGCCAGAUGCAGAAUUUCUUGAGACUGUCUGUUGGUUCCCAAUGAUCUAUUACUUGCUUGGAUCAAUCGACAGCUUGGAUGACCUGUUGCGUUGUGGCGUCUCAUUUGCUGCCAAUAUGGUGGUUGUUGAUAGGGAGAGCACCAUGAACGCAAAGGAAGACUAUAUGGCUGAUGCAAAAACCAUUGUUAAUGUCCAGACCCUGUUCAGGCUGUUCUCUGGUCUUAACAUCAUCACAGAGUUAACUCAUCCAGCUAACAUGAGAUUCAUGCAGUUCUGCGCAAAGGACUGUCACUCAGUGGAAUUCUCCAAACUGGAGAAGAAAGAAAGAGAGAAAGGCUCAAACUUAUCCUUCAUAUUUCGCCUGCCUUUUGCAGCUGGUAGGGUGUUCAGCAUUAGCAUGCUGGACACACUCCUCUACCAGAGUGUUGUGAAGGAUUAUAUGAUAACCAUCACCAGACUACUUCUUGGACUGGAAACUACACCAAAAUCUGGUUACCUGUGUGCUUUGAGUAUCACAGAGGAGGACUUGUGCAUCCAGACAUACGGCACACUGUACCAAGUGCUCUCCUCCACUGUAGGAGACAUUCCCAUCGGCAUCUACAGGACAGAGUCUCAGAAAGUUGAACCUCCCGAGACUCCACAAUCCCAAACAUCAGACAGAAUGUCAGUCUUUGAAGAGGAGGAGCAACCUCAGGUUCUUCAGUGUGAAUUACCAGACAAUGUACAGACUCAUUCUCUGCGUCGAAGGAGCCUGCAGUGGGCUUCGAAUCUUCUGGGGCCAUGGCACGCGGAUCGUGAUGCGGACAGAUUGAGCCAGCAGCGGGGCAUCCUGCUCUCAUGCUCAGAGAGGCAGGAGCUUACUGAGCUGGUCAAGAAGCGCAUGAAAAACCUGGGGCUCUCCACACGGGGAUUCGAUGAGCUGAAUAUUUACCAGAGUAGCCACUCUUAUGUCUUAAUCAACCCGUCACCAGAUACAAAGCUGGAGCUAAAUGACAUUGUGUACAUAAUCCGUAAAGAUCCUUUCUCACUAGAGCUGAACGAUACUGACAACACUAAAAACAUCAUGAGGAGCGGUACACAAAUAAGAGAGAGCAAUCAACUCUGAAUAAAGAUCACACUCACAACAGCUGUUUACUUACACUGUGAUAUUAGUAAUGCUUGCUCUUUAACAUAAUUUAAGAUCUGAAAGCCAUUUCUAACUAGCUGCAAAACUUUAAUGUAUUGUCUAUACAUGGCUCAGAAUAAUGCACUUCUCAUUCACGUUUUUGCUUUAUCAUAUUUAUUCCUGUCAUUAUAUUCCCACUGACAUGUGGUCCAACAUCACAGAAAGUGAUCUUUCUAUGUCUAGCUGGAAGUCACAUUAGGCAUCUGCUGGAUUCCUGCCAGACUCGUGUUAACACUUAGUAAUGCAUGUAGUAAUGCAUGGAUCUGCAUUUUCUCACUUCUCAUUUAAAAUGACAACAUAAUGACAAUGUAAUUGUAAUUAACCCAUAAAGAAAUAUUUACCAACAAAAAUACUGGAUGUCAACAAUCAUUUAAUUAAAAGAAUAUU